AUGAGUGUCGUUGAAGCUCUCGAGGACUAUCACCUUCCUGGUUCUUAUGCCGGUAUUCCCAAGAACCGACAGUGGGAGGACAAUAUCACCGAAUCCGUGUCGCCUAUGGCACUUGUCUCUUCCGUUUUAUUUCCCGGUCCCGCCGAUAGUCUUCUUGUCAAACGUAGUAGCAUCAACGACGAUCGGGGACUCCCUGGUGCGUGGGUGAAAAAAGAACCGGAUUUUCAUGACAACCAUCCCGCCCAUGCCAAGGACGUCACAGUGCAUGCUUCAGAACCCGCAAACAAAAAUGAGGUCGUCGACUCUCCGCCAUCCGACACCCUGAAAGAGUUGCGGCAAACCAUCGUUUCUUUACGUAAAGAAACACAAGCUUUGGAAGACACCAAUAUCAUCUUGCAGAAAAGUAUUCAAAUUGUUGCCAAGAAAAGAGUUCGAGCACAAAAUAAACGACGGAAACAAUCCCAAUGGGUUUGGUGUGAAGGGCCAACAGAGACUGGCACGGCAGAAAGCGAGACGGAUGCAUCGGAAACCGACGGAGAAGAGGAUGCCGACGAAAUAUGGCAGGAUUCCACCGGUGAACCAACUCCCAGUGGCAGUGUGUCUAUCCAAGGAAAACACAAGCAGAACCCACUGAAUCGUCUGGCGGACACUGAAUGGUUCGUGGAUCAGGACGCUUCUAUUAUCGCCAGCCUCACCCACCCCAAUCCUUCCAACUUUCCUGAUCUCAUUCGCGACGGAUUCAGCGAUUGGGAAUGGGUCGACGCCCACUAA